GUAAUUUGUUUAUGCUGAAGCUAAUAAUAAAUGUGUUAUCAAUCUUAAAGAUAUACUAAAGAUGUUUUUCUUAUUGUGUUCAUGGUUUUUACUUCAAAUUACUCUUACUGCAGGCGAAUGCUCCAUACACUUUCUGAACUCAACAUCAAGCGGACAUUCUUGUUGUAUAUGCAGAACAGCCAUUUAUAAUAGACCUCCUAUCAUUAUUAGUCCUCCAAAGAAAAUACCAAUACACGAUAUUGAAAGAUAUAGACACUUCCUCAAUGAGUAUUUUAAAGACGUCUGUUUGGAAUGCAACGACUAUGAACAUUUCCCUUCCGGUGAAUGUAUGUCUUGUCCUGUUGGAUGUGCCUCAUGUUUCGACAAUACACUUUGCUAUAGAUGUGUAAAUGGUAUGUAUGGUAAAAUAUGUGAUAAAAGAUGUGGUAAAUGCAGACCGGACAAUCAAGGAGUAGUGAAAUGUGACUCUGACUCCGGGAAGUGCACUUAUGGAUGUGAAGAUGGCUAUUUCGGUAUGCGUUGUGAUCAUGUAUGCGGACAUUGUAAACAGGAUAAUCAAGGCGUGGUGAAAUGUGGCUCUGACUCCGGGACAUGUGCUAAUGGGUGUGUAGAUAGAUAUCACGGUCCCCUUUGUGAUCGUGUAUGUGGACGUUGUAAACCGGAUAAUCAAGGCGUGGUGAAAUGUGACUCUGACUCUGGGACUUGUACUAAUGGAUGUGAAGAUGGAUAUUACAGUCAUCGUUGUGAUCGAGUAUGUGGACAUUGUAAACAAGAUAAUCAAGGCGUGGUGAAAUGUGGCUCUGACUCCGGGACAUGUGCUAAUGGGUGUGUAGAUAGAUAUCACGGUCCCCUUUGUGAUCGUGUAUGUGGACAUUGUAAACCGGAUAAUCAAGGCAUGGUGAAAUGUGACUCUGACUCUGGGACUUGUACUAAUGGAUGUGAAGAUGGAUAUUACAGUCCCCGUUGUGAUCGAGUAUGUGGACAUUGUAAACAAGAUAAUCAAGGCGUGGUGAAAUGUGGCUCUGACUCCGGGACAUGUGCAAAUGGGUGUGUAGAUAGAUAUCACGGUCCCCUUUGUGAUCGUGUAUGUGGACAUUGUAAACCGGAUAAUCAAGGCAUGGUGAAAUGUGACUCUGACUCUGGGACUUGUACUAAUGGAUGUGAAGAUGGAUAUUACAGUCCCCGUUGUGAUCGAGUAUGUGGACAUUGUAAACAAGAUAAUCAAGGCGUAGUGAAAUGUGACUCCGACUCCGGGACAUGUAUUAAUGGAUGUGUAGAUGGAUACCGGUAUUACAGUCCCCGUUGUGAUCGAGUAUGUGGACAUUGUAAACAAGAUAAUCAAGGCGUGGUGAAAUGUGACUCUGACUCCGGUAUAUGUACUAAUGGAUGUGUAGAUAGAUAUUACAGUCCCCGUUGUGAUCGAGUAUGUGGACAUUGUAAACAAGAUAAUCAAGGCGUAGUGAAAUGUGACUCUGACUCCGGUACAUGUACAAAUGGAUGUGAAGAUGGCUAUUACAGUUCCAGUUGUGAUCACGUAUGUAGCGGGAUGUGUUCUAAAAGAGUCUGUAGUCAACAGUCGGGCUUCUGUGACCAUGGAUGUGUUUCUGGUUUGUAUAGUGACACAUGUAAUAAAACUUACUGUGACACAUGUUCUCUAAGCUCCUGCACUCACACAUCUGGCUUCUGUGACAACUGAUAUGUAUUUGGUUGGCAUAAUGACAAGUGCAACGAAUCGUGCAGUAAUACCUGUUAUAAUAAGUACUGUGAUCAAUAUACAGGAAAUUGUGCCAAUGCAUGUGUUUCCGCUUGGUAUGGUGACACAUGCAACAAAAUUUGCAGCGAUACAUGUUCUUUAAGUUUCUGCAACCAAAAAAAAAAAAACGGGCUUCUGUGAAAACAGAUGUAUUUCUGGUUGCUUUGAUGGUGGAGGAAAACCCCAGGUGCCCCUCCGUGCACCUGGGUAGAACCACCGACCUUCCGUAAGCCAGCUUGGAUGGUUUCCUGACAUGAAGUAUUCAACGCCCCAAGUGAGGCUCGAACCCACAUCGAUGACGGGCAAUUGAUUUGAAGUCAGCGACAUUAACCACUCGGCCACGGAGGCCCCUCUGUUAUAAUAAGUCCUGUGACAAAUGUUCAGGUUACUGUGCCUAUGGAUGUGUUUCAGGUUGGUAUGGUGACACGUGCAAUGAAACAUGCAGUGAUACAUGUUCUUUAAGCUCCUGCAAUCAAAGGUCUGGCUUCUGUGUAAAGGGAUGUGUUUCUGGUUGGCAUGGUGACACGUGCAGAGAACGGUGCACUGAUACAUGUUCUUUCAGCUACUGCAAUCAAAAGUCGGGCUUCUGUGAAAAAGGAUGUGUUUCUGGUAGGCAUGGUGACACGUGCGAAUUAUUUUGCAGUAGCACAUGUUAUAAUAAGUCCUGUGAUCAAUAUUCAGGCCGCUGUUACAACGGAUGUGCGACUGCAUACUAUGGUGACACGUGCGAAUUCAACUGCGUUGAAACAUGUACAGAAAGGGUUUGCGAUAGGGAAACGGCACAGUGUUUGCUGGGAUGUGUUGCAGGAUAUCAGGGAGCAUUCUGUAAUAUGACAAUGAACAUCGGUCCUGAUUCUGUUUUAGUUGGGUUUACAAGCAGUCUGGCUGGAGUUAUAAUAUUACUUGUAUUUACUUUAAUUAUCUGGUUUAUAAGAAGAGUAAUCCUCAAAGGCAAGCGUUAUGGCAACCUUCAAAUGUCUACCAGAGACACCUCAGCACCAAUAUAUGACGAGAUACCAGAUAAUGAUGAUACAAAAGAGUUAAACUGUCUUAGUGGUAGCCAUUUAUACAUGGAAGUUGUUACCGCCCAUACAGCUAGGAGUAUACAUGAAUCUGGACCUAACACGCAUAACAGUUCUUAUACUGAAGUUGCUGGUGAUUGGGCAGCAGCACUUGCAGUUGAAGAAACCAUUAUUGACCAUCCGCUUGUUUGUGCAAACGCUCUUGGCAUGUCUGCAUUGCAUUCGGAAGCCAGUAAUUACAAUAAAAGCAAUGAAAUCCAUACAUCCAGUUUCAUUUCUUUACAUAAUGCUGAAGUUUACGGAAAAAGUUCAAACCUAUCAAGAACAUAUUAUGAAAUACCUGACAUGAUACCUGAUCAUGAUCACAAUACUGAAAUUGAAAGGAAUGAUACCAAUGACGGCUAUGAAAUUCCUAUAUCCGGUACAAGUUCUACUGCUCAGAAUGCCGAAGCAGGAGAAGCAAGUGUAUCCGAACAAUGUAACAGAAUGACUGACUUAGUUACAAGUCCAACAAGAGAUUCAAAGGUAACACAGAUCAAAGAUGUGAUAUCCACAAGAAUUAAGCAAACAGAUGUUAAUGACAUCAACCAAACACUACAAAUGGCUAAAGAAGAUAAACGCAAUUCAAGUUCGUCUGGAUUGGAUACCGACAUACUAUUAGAAACACAUCAAACACAAGAGACGGUAACCGAAGGAGACGAUGACAGCUUAAAUUAUAUACAUCCAGUGAACUAAAAUCAUAAUAACAUUCAAAACAAAAAUCACUUUCAUUUCGAAAUGAGAAAGAAUUUUCAGAAGAAUCAUUAUUGAUCUUUUAAACAGGGUUCUUAAGCAAAAUUGCAAUGGAAACCAAAUAAGCUGUUGAAGUGUUUUAUAUUGAUACAUGUAGUAUUUUCUUAAACAUGAAUUCAAUACAUGUUACUUAUAUGGCAUGAGAAAAUACCUGACUGGCGUACUUGAUGAUGCAAUGUUCAUUUUAGACAUAGCGCAUGUUCGUUGUACAGUUAUCUACAUUUACGUUAUCUAAAAAUUUUGAAUAAUUCCGAGUUGUGCAUAAUGAAUUUGAUUAAAUAUACGAAUGUGUUUUUUUGUCACUGACCUGAAUGGUUUGCAGUUAUGUUAUAAUUUAGCUUACAAACAAACAUUAUAUAUAACUAGUUGUUGUGAAUCUUCAAGCUGGAUUAUUUAAUACAACAAUCAACUAACACGCCAGUAAUAAUUUUACCAAUUGUGUGAUCACAUUAGUGAGAAACUACAGCUAACAACAAUUAACUUUUGUUUUCAUAGAUGUUAGUGAAUGAAUUACAUGAAAGUUUAAACGUACGGAUAAUUUUGAAAGAACUGCAGAAAAUAGAAGUCUUUUCAAUUUUGCUUUGGCCAAAUUAAAGCAGAUAUUAGAACCAA